AUGAGCGAUUUGCGUUUCGAGCGAUGUGUUGACGGCUCAAGAAAAGAGGAAAUUUUGAAGUUCCUUUUGGAAAAUUUUCUUCAAAAUACUUUACAGAAAGUUUUGCCAUUUUCUGUUGAACAAGCGCGGUUCCACUGGGAACGAAGCAUCGCCGGCUGUAAAAAUGCCCAACUUGUAUUUUCGGAGAAUGAUCUUGUUGCAGUUGAGACUGGAGAUUUAGUCAGCUAUCGUGAAACGAAAGAGGAAUCUACUGACGUACUGACAGAAAAUGGCGAAAAUUCAAAAAGAACGGAAGAAUUUCUUGCUGAAAUGAGCAACGUAGACUUGGAAAAAUUCGGCGUUACUGAUCAAUCAAAGAUUUAUAGUAAUGGAGUCGUCUGUGUUUCGGAAACAAUGCGAGGGAAGAAAAUUGGUUCAAAACUUGUCAAAAACUCGAUUGAAUUCGCCACAUAA